GGCCUCGCCUGAUCGCGCCCGGCCUCUCCCAGCUCCCCGGCGCCAGCGCGAUCCCUCGGGCCGGGGGCGCCGGCGGGAUGGCCGAAUUCCCGGCCAAAGUCAGCACCCGCACCAGCACCCCCGCCGGGGCGCCGGCCCUGCAUGCCCCCGCCUUGGACCUGGAGUUCCUCAAGUCCCCCUUCGGGAUCCUGAUGCUCGUGGAAAUCGUGCUGGGUUGCUUGGUGUGGGCCCUCAUUGCCGACACAUACUACCAACCCUAUCCUUCCUACGGCUGGGUGAUGUUUGUAGCUAUCUUCUUCUGGAUGGUGACCGUCAUACUUUUUGGAAUGUACCUGUUUCAGCUUCAGCUGAAACUCUACAUGAUCCCUUGGCCUAUUGUGCUUGUGGUGUUCAAUAUCUCAGCAGCCGUCAUGUACGCAACAGCCUUCAUAACCAGCGCUGCAUCGGUUGAACCGUACUCCUGGCCACAUUCCCCGGACUACAACAGAAGGGCCUCAGCGUCGUUCUUUGCCUGCCUGGUGAUGAUCGGCUACGGUGUCAGUUCCUGCCUCAGCAUCCGAGCCUGGAGGGGUUAUGGAAGCAACGCAGCCACGAGUCAAGCAACUCUCUCCAAUCAUACCUAAAAAACUGUGCAUCCUUCUGAAUCAACAUGGGCCAAGCUGGUUAGCUCAUGGGCAACGGUAGCAGCUACUGCAGCUUUCCCCGCUUCUCUUCCAGAUGUGGCACGGCCUAGCAGGGCUGAUCUGAUUGCAGGGCUCACCUCCCCUUCCCAUGCUCUAACUGGCACCCUCGACAGAGCGGCUACGGCCCGGAUGAGAUAGGACACCCUGUCGAGCCAGCAGGAGGCAGCCUCAGGCUGGUUUUCAUGAUUCCUGGUUUGAUCUGCAUAUUUCUAACCCCAGAGCUAGGCCUUCCAAUGCUACUUUCAGCAUUAUCCCUUUGGCGAAGAUGUUACCACUUUAGCUGAGCAUUGCACUGGAAUGGAAGGGCACAAACCAGCCCUUCACGUCUCUUGGCUAAACAGGGGCAGUUACUAAUAUCUGUUUGGAUAGUGUCAGAGCAAUGCUGGAAUAACCACGUGUGCAAAACAUGCAAAUUCUUGUUAACUGGGCAUUCUUCAGGCCUGUUAUUGACAUGCCUUUACUGGCAUGGUCAGCUGCACAUGAGGAGUGGCUGUUUUAGCUUAAGGUGACUUGGACGUUCUCACUGUGAUGUCUGCAGAGGAGUGCUCCAAGGGAUGUGUAAAGUAACCCAGAGGCUGCAUGUCUCUAGGGACGGCCAAGCAUCUCUCACUAGAACUAAAGCAAACUGAAGCCCUGGACUCACUGCUUGCAGGUAGUGCAUGUAAAUAAUGUUUAAUUAUUAAUUCCAUUUUGUUUCACAGUAGCAGAAAUGCCUCUGGCAUACA